AUAUCACUGACUGUCCAAAUGUUAUAGAAAUAUCGAAAUCUUUCGAUUCGUAAACAUGUAAACAGUAGAGGGGAAUCACUUCUGCCGUUAACGACUACCAGAGGUUUUGUCAAGGAUAUUGACGCUCUAACGGGGUAUUAGCCCUUAUUUAUCUACCGCUUUUUGGAUUUAUUUUAUUACAUUCUUCUGUAGAAGUUGAGUUUUAUGUGAGUUAUACUCGCGAAGCUGCGAUAUAAUGAAGAUCUGGUUUCGAUAACUUUUCUUCAGUCGUUCUUUUAAUUGUUUGGUUAUUAUGGGAAUUAUAAAUUUACGAUUUCAAUUGCAUAUCCAGUUUUUUAUUUUUGUCAUUUUAUAUUUACUUUGUUGUGUUUCUCCAGUUCUUUCUUUUGAUGUUUCCUUCUUGGGCCCUUUCUCGGGAUUCAAUUAUUUAUCACAACCUAUUUUUUCUUCUAAUGCCUCAUAUCAGCUUUACAAACAGUACAAAAAUGGAUCAUGGAAUCCGUUGUAUUUUCCGCUUCCUUCUUUGAAUGAUCAUUGCUUUACUACAAUUCCCAAUACUAAUAAAGUCUAUGUACCCAUUUUUGAUCGAUCGGAAACCAUUUUGACAGUCCAUGAAUUAUUUUCCAACACAUCCCAUGAGCUCCUUUCCCGUGAUAAUUCCUCAAUUUCUUCUCGUCUGCAUUCUAUUUUUUGUAACAAUUACUCCCCCUUUCUAUAUGGUUUAACCAAUGCAUCAAACUCAUCUAGCAACAUUACUGAACUCUAUCGCUGGAACCUAACUGAUGAUUUGCCUACUGCUGAAUAUAUGUACUCAUUCGAUGGCAAUGUCUAUUCCGUUUCACCAACAGCAACUAAUGAAAUUUCCGUGCAGGGAGAUUUUACUCAUAGUACACCCUUUAUGCCCACAAGAGAUGUUCAAUUAGCUAAGUUUGGCUUUCGAUCUCUUGACCCACUAUCAGAAAAGUCUCAUAGUACUUCUCUAAUGGAUAUGUCUUGUUACUCGGAUACUUCGUUAUAUAUUUGGGAUAUAUCUAAUUCCAAUUCUGUAUCUCUUAAUGCUUGGACGCUUUAUCAAACAGAAUUAUAUUCCGUUCGGAUUCUCAUCAAUAAAAACGCUUCCUCUUCAGCUACCUCAUUUCAUUUGACUGAUCCAUAUAAUGACUCUGUUCUACCUUUGACAUACAAAACAACUUCUGGUUUCGAAAAGUGUACUAUGAAUUGCCCCUUAAAUUCAUCAAACGAGUACCAAGACUUUUACUUUCCUGAAGGUUGGACUUCCUGGCAAGUAAAUGUGCAUCUUUUUAAUGAGGCUCCUAGUAGUGAUUUAGUUGCUGUGCGGGGGAUCCAGUUUUUUCAAAAAGACGCCAUUGCUUACUUUGAAGAUUCCUUCAACCAGCAUGCUUGCCAUAUUCCUGGAUAUAAUUCUUUUUCUAAACACACCGGAAAUUGGGAACUUUCGUCAAAAAAUGCAUCUAUGCCUUAUUGGACUUCACAGCCUUCUACAGAGAAUGUUUCGGCUGCAUUUAUACCAAAUAUAAUCUAUUCAUUAAAUGCUUCGUUGGAGUUAAUGAUUCCUGGCUGUCGUUACGACGACACUUGCUCGAAUCGGCAUGAUGCUGUUGUCAAAGUUUAUUAUACUGCGGACACUUCUCCAUUUGAAACAGUCAUCUCUCAGCGGUACUUAAAUGAUCAAUAUGUUAAGAUAUACAGUGGCUUUCUGCAAGGUUCAUCUUCAUCCUUUCGUCCUUACGUAGAAAUUCUACCUUCUGAAAACCAUAGCUUGGUGGCACACUCUCUUCGUUGUCAAGAAAACAUUUGGGAUAAUAAUACAAAUGGGUUUUCAGUUAUCUCGUUUUCUAGUUCAAAUAACUUGAUGAAACCUAAUAGCAGCCUUUUCACGCUUGAGGAUUUAUCAAGCAGUUCUGUGAAUGCGGUUCGAAGUUGUUCUUUAGGCUUAUGUAUUGGUGGAGAUUUUAAUUCUAAAUAUGGUAAAAAUCUAUUAUAUAUAAAUUCAUCCGGAGUUCCAAUGUCGUUUCCCGGUCAAGGCAUGGACGGAUCGGUUACGGAUAUACUUGACUAUGAUGGUGUUACAUAUGUUUCGGGAUUAUUUGGGUCUCUUAACGACAAAAGCCAAGUCUUAAAUAAUGUCGCUAAAUUUAAUAGCGGUGCCUGGCAACCUCUUGGCUUUGGCACGAAUGGGGCAGUCGAACAUAUACGCAGUACAACUCUUUUUAAGUCUGGUAUACCAGUAACCUACGUUUCUUUUUUGGGAAAUUUCACAGCUAUCUAUAGCAUAGAAAACUAUGCAAUACCCGUCGAUGGAUAUGCAUUAUGGGAUCCUUCAUCGCAAAGCUGGGUGAAAAAUACUGAUUUGAGUACGUAUUUUUCUGGAAAUAUCCAGAGUAUUGGCAUAAAGAAUGACUCAUGCAUAGCUUUGGGAAAGCUUAAAGCUCUUGCGGAUCACUCAACAAAUAAUGCUAUGUAUUUUUCGACGUCUAAAGCUGUCAAUUCUUUUGUUCCUUCUUAUUUACAAUAUAUUCCGCCAGACUUACACCUUCAGUCAAUUACGGAUUACUUUCCAAAUAACUCGAUGGUUGUCGUAGCGGCUCUGAAUAAAAGCGUUCAAAGCAAUCCAUCUUCUGAUAUUUACGUACUCAAUAAGACAGGAACUCCAUCCCUGAAACGAAUUAUGGAAUCGAAGGAAAUAAUUUCAAAGAUUACGUCUGUCGCGGACGAACUCUACAUUUCAUAUGGUGACAAUAAGGAUCCAUACCUUGAGAAUGAUCAUUAUUGCGUUUACAAUACUACUGCUAAUACAUUCGUAAAUUCGAGUCAUUUAAUGAAGCUUCGGGGUAAGAUCAAUAGCAUUUUACCGUCUUAUGAUACCCAACACUCCUUCGCUCUUUUUGGAGGAAAUAUAAGUGUUAUUGAUAAUGAUUGUCAGGGACUGUGUCAUUUAAAUAUUGCUCAAAAAUCAUGGCAGCAAUUGCAUUUUGAUUAUAGUCAUGGUAUAGUUAACACCAUGGUUUAUAUGGAUGAUGAUUACAGAAAGGUUUUAGUUGGAGGAGACUUUACGUUUGCAAAUGGAAGAAGGGAGUUUUUGAUGACUUACGAUAUUGAGUCUCGUAAUAUGUUACCUUUUUUGAAAAACAAUUCAAUUACAGGUCCUGUACAAUGCGCGGCUACAUUAUCGAGUAAUAAAUCUCUCAAUACGUCUUCAUUUCUUCUUUAUGGAUACAAUAAUCAAUCCAUCGAUUCUUACUUAAUACGUCUAGACGGAACUGGAAGAAAAGAUAUAUCGGAAGGACUUUUAUUAGGCCAAUCCGAUAUAAAGUCUUUGAAUAUACUCAAUGCAAAUAUAUUUCCUGACAUCCCUGUGAAUGGACCUGUUAUUGUUGCGUCAGGGCUGGUCACUUUAAAGGACCAAACAAAGGUUUCUUCUGCUUACUUGGUCAACAAUACUUGGUCUCCAUUGUUGACAGCUGUCGAUCAUAACGGUAAUGUAGGAUGCGUCCAUGACGUUGUUGUACAAAAUUCACCAUCACGGGCCAUUCGAAAAGGGCAUCCUCUGGAAUCAAACAAAGGUGUACGAAGUACUCGCCAUAUCGUAAUCAUCAGCUUGUGUCUCAGCAUGGGUGUAAUGUUUUUUAUCAUGUCCGUGGCCUCUUUAUAUGAGACAGUCUUCAGUUUUUUGAAACCACAAUCAUUAGCGAUUAGUGAUUACGCAAAUUACAUCAAAUUGGAGGAUUCAUAAUUCCAUGAAUCCGUUAUUAAGCACCUAUAAUUCCCUUUUUAGGGUUCUUUUUUGUUUAUACCUAUGAGUCGUUCUUUUCUAAAACUCAUUCGCUCUUUUUAUUCAUAAAAACUUUUUUUGACAGUUCUAGUUCAUGAGAUGAUAAUAGAAAGUAUUUCAUUACAUU